CCAUUUAGAUGAUUUAGAUGGCGGUGGGAAGCAAGGAGAGAGGAGAAUAGAGGUUAAAAUUGUGCGAAGCUGUUUCAUGAAUAGAUAUGUUGCGCUGUGUAUCAUUACGGUCUCGACCGUUACAGCAGGUGUAUAAUGAUCUUAUAUCACCCCAGGUGAAAGGGACAGAAGCAGCCUGUGUGAAAAUAAAACAUCAGUCCACUGUUGCACAAGAGUCAAAAUCUGAGGUUGCUCCAGCAAGACGACCUUACUCACCUUUCCAGAAUACAAGCAGUUUGGCAGAAUAUGCACUGGCUCGAUUGGAUGACUUACUGAACUGGGGGCGUAAGGGUUCACUGUGGCCCCUGACUUUUGGUCUGGCUUGCUGUGCUGUUGAGAUGAUGCAUAUUGCUGCACCUCGAUACGAUAUGGAUAGGUUUGGAGUUGUUUUCCGUGCCUCUCCACGCCAAGCUGAUGUCAUUAUUGUUGCCGGAACGUUAACAAACAAAAUGGCUCCAGCCCUGCGUAAAGUAUACGACCAGAUGCCAGAGCCUCGAUGGGUGAUUUCUAUGGGCAGCUGUGCAAAUGGCGGUGGUUACUACCAUUACUCAUAUUCAGUUGUGAGAGGCUGUGAUAGGAUUAUUCCAGUUGAUAUUUACGUACCAGGAUGUCCUCCUACUGCAGAAGCCUUACUGUAUGGCAUUCUGCAGCUGCAAAAGAAGGUAAAGCGCAUGAAGACUCUGCAGAUGUGGUAUAGGAAAUAAGUUAUAAAAAUGUGGACGUGUAUGAAUAUAGGGACCCUAGUAUUAAAUUAAUAAUGGAACCCAUAUUAUAUAACCAUAUUUAUUGUUCCAAAAUAUUCAAGGAAUGUGAUAAUUUAGAUUAGAAGAAAGAACAAGUUACAUUUUGCUUGUAGAUAAAAAUAUGACAAAUUAGUUGCUUACAUAAAUAAUAUACCUUUCAGCAAAACA